AUGGGCUUCGAGUGGCCGUGGCAGUACAACUUCCCCCCCUUCUACACGUUGCAGCCUAAUGUUGACACCAGACAGAAGCAGCUGUCAGCAUGGAGUUCCUUGGUUCUGUCUUACUGCCGGCACAAUAAGCUUUACAUAACGAAUGUGAUGGAAAUACAAGAAAGUCCCUUGUUUAACAACAAGAAAAUCCAGCGAAAGUUACCUCUGGAGUCUGUUCAGGUGGUUUUAGAAGAGCUUAGGAAAAAAGGUAAUCUGGAAUGGUUGGAUAAAAAUAAAAGCCGAUUCUUGAUCAUGUGGAGGAGACCGGAUGAGUGGGGAAAGGUCAUUUACAGCUGGGUUUCAAAAAAUGGAAUGACCAAUUCUGUGUUUACACUCUACGAGCUGAUAAAUGGCGAUGACACAGAAGGGGAAGAAUUCCAUGGUCUGGAUGAAUCCAUGCUCCUGAAAUCCCUGGAAGCCCUUCAGCUGGAACACAAAGCAGAGAUCUUCACAUUAAAUGAUAGCAAGGGUGUGAAGUUCUUUUGA